UCUACCCAGAAAUGUUUGGUCACAUGAUACAUGCAAUGUGUCACAUGACGUGUAUGGGGAAGACUGAACUGUCUAAUCUAAGGAAAGGAGCGGUCUUUCAGGGUCUACAUAUUUUGAAUGAUCGGCUAAAUCGUAGAUAAUGAGUGCUAGUUUGGACAUCAGAUUGAAAAGAGCAAAUAAAGUAUAUCAUGAAGGGGAGGUCCUUGCUGGUGUUGUGGUGAUUGUGAGCAAGGAGACCGUCCAACACCAAGGCAUCUCUCUCACCAUGGAGGGCUUAGUCAACCUACAGCUCAGCUCCAAGAGUGUGGGAGUGUUUGAGGCCUUCUACAACUCGGUCAAGCCCAUUCAGCUUAUAACCAGCAACAUUGAAGUGGUAAAGCCAGGCAAGGUGCCUGGAGGCAAGACAGAAAUUCCAUUUGAGUUCCCCCUGCACACAAAGGGCAACAAAGUGCUGUACGAGACCUAUCAUGGUGUUUUUGUCAACAUUCAGUAUACUCUUCGUUGUGACAUGAAGCGUUCCUUGUUGGCCAAAGACCUGUCCAAGACUUGUGAAUUCAUGGUGCACUGUCUGCCACAGAAAGCCAAGUUGCAACCCACCCCAGUGGACUUCAACAUCACACCAGAGACCCUGCAGAAUAUCCGUGAGAGGAGUUUGCUGCCCAAGUUCCUGAUCAGAGGUCACCUGGACGCCACCAACUGUGUGAUCACCCAGCCCCUGACUGGAGAGCUGGUGGUGCAGAGCUCUGAUGUGGCCAUCAAGAGCAUUGAGCUACAGCUGGUUCGAGUGGAGACCUGUGGCUGUGCUGAGGGCUAUGCCAGAGAUGCCACAGAGAUCCAGAACAUCCAAAUAGCAGAGGGAGAUGUGUGCCACAGCCUCCCAAUUCCAAUCUACAUGGUCUUCCCCAGGCUCUUUACCUGCCCUACCCUCGAGACAACGAACUUUAAAGUUGAGUUUGAGGUGAAUGUGGUGAUUGUUCUCCAUGAUGACCAUCUGAUCACAGAAAACUUCCCUUUGAAGCUGUGCCGAGUCUGAAAGCCUAGAGUUCAUCUGAGGAUUAACUGCAAUGUUCAGGAUGGCCGAAGUGGUACCUUUACCCUGCCUGGGAAAGACCUAUCUGAAGUGACCAAGUCCAUAGAGGACCAAGCCUUAAGUGUUGGCAGAUGUCUCUGUUAGUUGGGCCUUUGCUCUGAACAAUGUGGACGCUGUCAUAACGAUGUCUUCAGUUCUGAAGAAUACAUAAAAUGCUCAGGAUUUAAGAUUAUGGGCUAUCUAACAACAGUACAAAUGUCAAUUGUGAAAAUAAUCUUUCAGCUUUUGUAGAGCGCUGUUAAUACUUACUGUAACUAUACGGUUAGUGGAAUUCAUCUGUGAAGAGCACAGUGGCCAUAGGUGUGCAUUUGCUUAGUGAAAACACUAUGAUAGCGAACUGCAGUCAGGUUAAGACCAUCCGGACCACACCGAUGAGCUUCCACGACAAAUCAUUUAUGUAAACCCCGUUUCAUCGGCUGUCUGGGUCACUUGGUAGAAAUAUCAACAUUGUCUUUUGAUUACAGCUUUCAAUUUCUUUGAGGAUUUUUAGGUCCACUUCAAGUAAGGUCUGUGAUUCAUUUAGAAUAACACCAACUCAGUGUUUUAAUGUGUAGAUAUCUACAGGGCAAGAUGACUUGUCAUUGUUGGCCAAAUAAAAGCGCAGAUUCUUUUGUAAAUUGAUCACUUGGCAAAUGUCACCUUGUCCUGAAGAAAAGAAAAAUUGAAAGGCAAAAAUAAUGUGUCCCAUUUGCCACAAGGUUUUAUGAGCAUUGUGACACUUGAUCUGCACCCUUCAUUUUUCAUAAAAUGUUGUCAUUGCAUGUGACACGUCUUUCACACACAUUUAUUACAAUGGUUUGUUGAA